AUGAAAGCCAAGGCUCCGGUCAAGGCUUUCGUCGUAAAGGUAGGCGAGGGCGGCGUCGAGGAGGCAAGAAAGAGCCUUUGGUCCGAUCUGCUGAAGGGUCUCCCUGCCCCGAAGAUCGCGAACACGGUGACCCUUCCACGCGGAGAUAUCCUGGUGAAACCGGUGGACGAGGGGACCUUCAGAGCGCUGAAGAGGAUGGAGGACGAGGGAAAGGCAGUGAGGGAGGAAUCGGCCAGACGGCCGAUGAUCCUGAUGUAUGACGUCGGCAGAGAUAUCGAGAAGGAUAGGUUAGGGAAGCUUUUGGCGGAACAGAAUCCGGAUUUAGGUAUCGGUGAGGAGACCGUGGUCCCCCUCUUCAUGAAGGGGCCCAAGACGGGUGAUUCAGUAUGGUGGGUCUGCGCGGUCGCGCCAGACGCGUACCAAAAGGUCGUAGGUAAGCGUGUUUACUUAGGCAUGUCGUGUUGUCGAGUUGAAGAAUUUUCUGACGUGGUUAGGUGCUUCAAGUGCCAACGCUUUGGUCACCGCACGACUAAGUGCCCGGCGAGUUCGGACACCUGUGGCAAAUGCGCAGAAGUUGGUCACCAAGCCAAGGACUGCAAGAGCAAUGCCUCAAGGUGUGCCAACUGCCGGAAGGCAGCCCCAUCGGCCCACGCAGAGUGCGCAGCCAAGCUCAGGGCGACGCUAAACGCGGCCCGUAGGACGGACUUCGGUAGGACUUCCAAAUGA